UCAUCAUUUAUCAUUUGGUCCUAAAAACCAAAGCGUCUUCUCCGUCGUCUCCAGGAGCUUCAUCUCCAUUAGGGUUUUAGAGUGUGUGAAAUCAUGGUGGAAGUAGCGAGUAGAGUAGUAUACGAUGUAUUGGGUCCUCGAGCUGAAGAUCUUGAUAAACCAAUUAUAGAUUACAUAAUCAAUGUCUUAGCUGAUGAAGAUUUUGAUUUCGGUCUCGAAGGUGAAGGUGCUUUUGAUGCUAUUGGUGAAUUACUUGUUGAUUCUGGUGCUGUUGAAGAUGAUUCUGAAGGUCGCGAGGUCUGUAUCAAGCUAUCUGAUAAGUUUGGAAAGCAUGGAUUGGUUAAACCUAAGUUAGCUGUGCGAAGUCUUGCAACACCAUUGCGGAUGUUUGAUGGAAUGGACCAGGAUGCAGUUCCAAAGAAACAACCUGUGGAGUUGCAAGAAGGUCCUACUUUGACUGAACGUGAUAGGGCAAAGCUUGAAAGGAAAAAGAGGAAGGAUGAGCGUCAAAGAGAGGCACAAUAUCUGAUGCAUUUGGCGGAAAUGGAAGCAGCUAAAGAAGGGAUGCCAGUUGUGUCAGUUAACCACGAUAACAACGUCGAGGGUCCUGCUGUGAAAGAUAUCCAUAUGGAGAACUUUAGUGUUUCAAUCGGAGGUCGUGAACUCAUUCAGGAUGGGUCUGUCACACUCUCUUUUGGGAGGCAUUAUGGUCUUGUUGGAAGAAAUGGUACAGGGAAGACUACUUUCCUCAGGUAUAUGGCAAUGCAUGCUAUUGAUGGUAUUCCUAAGAACUGCCAGAUUUUACACGUGGAGCAAGAAGUUGUUGGUGAUGAUACAUCGGCUUUGCAAUGUGUUCUUAAUGCGGAUGUUGAGAGAUUUCAACUCCUGAAAGAAGAAGCUCGUCUAACUGCACUUCAGAGAGAUUUGGAGUUCGAGACUGCAACAGAAAAGAGCAACGCGAAGCCCGGUGAAGCAUUGGACAAAGAUGCUAUUUCACAAAAGCUGGAACAAGUAUAUAAAAGGCUUGAGUUCAUUGACGCAGAUUCAGCAGAAUCACGGGCAGCUUCCAUUCUUGCGGGACUUAGUUUCACUCCAGAAAUGCAGCGGAAGGCCACCAAAACCUUUUCCGGAGGAUGGAGAAUGCGAAUUGCUCUUGCUCGUGCACUCUUUAUAGAGCCUGAUUUGUUACUUCUUGACGAGCCUACGAAUCAUCUUGAUCUUCAUGCUGUUCUAUGGCUGGAGACAUACCUCGUUAAAUGGCCGAAGACAUUUAUAGUUGUUUCUCAUGCUAGGGAGUUCUUGAACACUGUGGUUACCGAUAUUCUUCAUCUACAAGCACAGAAACUGACAGCCUACAAGGGGGACUAUGAUACAUUUGAAAGGACACGCGAGGAGCAGAUGAAGAACCAGCAGAAGGCCUUUGAUUCGAGUGAAAAAGCCAAAGCUCAUAUGCAGGCUUUCGUUGAUAAGUUCCGUUACAACGCAAAGAGGGCAUCAUUAGUUCAAUCAAGAAUUAAGGCAAUUGAGCGAUUAGGCACUGUGGAUGAAGUCAUAAAUGACCCUGACUACAAGUUUGAGUUCCCCACACCGGAUGACAGACCAGGGGCUCCUAUUAUAAGUUUCAGCGACGCAUCAUUUGGUUACCCUGGUGGACCUUUACUGUUUAAGAAUUUGAACUUCGGUAUUGAUCUUGACAGUCGCGUUGCAAUGGUCGGUCCCAAUGGAAUAGGAAAGUCAACAAUUCUCAAAUUGAUUUCAGGGGAGCUACAACCGAGCUCUGGAACUGUUUUCCGAUCAGCUAAGGUUCGUAUUGCUGUCUUUAGUCAGCACCACGUUGAUGGGCUCGAUUUAACUUCAAAUCCCCUUCUGUACAUGAUGCGUUGCUAUCCUGGAGUCCCUGAACAGAAACUUCGAUCUCACUUGGGUUCUUUGGGUGUUACGGGAAAUCUUGCACUUCAACCUAUGUACACUUUGUCAGGUGGUCAGAAGAGCAGGGUUGCUUUUGCAAAGAUAACAUUCAAGAAACCACACAUUAUUCUGCUGGACGAGCCAUCCAAUCAUCUUGAUUUGGAUGCUGUGGAGGCGCUCAUCCAAGGUCUUGUCCUCUUCCAAGGAGGAGUUCUCAUGGUAAGUCACGACGAGCAUUUGAUAUCUGGAAGUGUGGGAGAGCUGUGGGCUGUAUCAGAUGGCAAGAUUGCACCAUUUGCUGGAGAUUUCCAAGAUUACAAGAAGAUGCUCAAGUCAUCCACUUAACCAAGUUUCUAGAGCAUGCGCGCAGGAUAUGCUUGCAUGUGCCGAUCCAGAAUACCUGCAUUAUGUGUAGCUUAUCUUUUGAGAAAGUAUUUUUGUAACAGUGUUCAGAAACUAACAAUACUUGUACGAGACAGUGAAGCUCUAUAUAAUAGAUGGAUCUUUUAGUAUUUCAGCUGA